AGCAGGAGGAGCGGACCUCUGCGGUCACGUCUCUCCGCUUUCCCCUGACUGAGACCGAGGGAAACGGGUCCACACUAUCGCCCCGGGGAUUGAGUUUCCUUUCCAGAUAUCCGACUGUCCCCGCGUUUGAUUUGAGUUCAUACUCUUUACGUUCUCUCUGAGGAGUAAAGUUGAAGGGAAUGAGUGUCUGUGGAAAUCUUUCGUGACUUUUUGUCGGAGGAGAGAGAGAAAGAGAGGUUCCCGGUGCCAACAGGGCAGAGAGCUGCUGCUGCUGUCUGUCUGCAGAGAGGCUCAUCACUGGGAGCUAGGAGAGGAAAUACAGCUGAACUUUGUAUGAAGCCUCGGGCAACAGCACAGAAGCAAGAUGGACCUGAAGCUGUUCUUGAUAUCUUCAUUGGUAGGAGUCCUUUGUUACAGUAACGCUCAGAAAGAGGGGAACGAGUGCAUCAAUGCCAACGCCAAAUACUGCGGGGAGUGCAUCCAGGCUGGGGCUAAAUGUGGCUGGUGUACAGACCCGGUAUGUGGAUCCCAGUUACAACCACUGCUGAGAAAUCCAGAUUGAUAUCUUAAGUCUCACAGCUCUAAACUUCCUGCAACAAGGAGAGACCGUGUCAACCCGCUGUGACGAGCUGCAGUCCCUGAUUAAAAGAGGCUGUAAUGAAUCACUGAUAGAAAACCCACAUGGUCAACAGAGAGUCCUCGGGAACAAAACAGUGACGACCCGCAGAAAGGGAGCAGACAAACUGAAGCCAGAGGACAUCACUCAGAUCCAGCCCCAGAAACUCAGCCUCACUCUACGCUCAGGUGAGCCCCAGGUAUUCGACCUGAAGUUCAAACGAGCUGAAGACUACCCCAUCGAUAUGUACUACUUGAUGGACCUGUCGUACUCUAUGAAGGAUGAUCUGGAGAAUGUGAAGAACCUGGGAACCAGUCUGAUGCUGGAGAUGUCAAAGAUCACCUCGGACUUCAGGAUAGGUUUUGGCUCCUUUGUGGAAAAGACGGUUAUGCCGUACAUCAGCACCACACCUGCAAAGCUGCUGAACCCGUGCACAGGCGACCAGAACUGCACCAGCCCGUUCAGCUACAAAAACGUCCUGAAACUGACCAACGAUGGCAAGAAGUUCAACACCCUGGUGGGCCAGCAGCACAUCUCUGGAAACCUGGACUCUCCUGAGGGAGGCUUUGAUGCCAUUAUGCAAGUUGCUGUGUGUGGGGAGCAAAUUGGUUGGAGGAAUGUGACACGUCUGCUGGUGUUCUCCACUGAUGCUGGCUUCCACUUUGCUGGAGACGGUAAACUGGGCGGCAUCGUUCUGCCCAAUGACGGAAAGUGUCACUUGGAGAACAAUGUGUAUACCAUGAGCCACUACUAUGACUAUCCCUCCAUCGCUCACCUGGUUCAGAAGCUAAGUGACAACAACAUUCAGACCAUUUUUGCAGUAACAGAGGAGUUCCAGCCUGUGUACCAAGAGCUCAAAAAUCUGAUUCCAAAGUCUGCAGUGGGUACUCUGUCUGCCAACUCCAGCAACGUCAUCAACCUCAUUAUAGAUGCUUACAAUUCUCUGUCGUCUGAGGUUAUUCUGGAGAACAGUAAGCUUCCAGAGGGAGUGACGAUAGCUUACACAUCCCGCUGUAAGAAUGGAGUGGUUAGUGAGGGUGAAAAUGGACGGAAGUGCUCCAACAUUUCUAUCGGGGAUGAGGUCAUGUUUAGCAUCAGCGUGACAUCGAAGGGCUGUCCCAAACAAGGCAAGCCUGAGAUCAUUAAAAUCAAGCCCCUGGGAUUUACAGAGGAGGUGGAGAUUGCUCUCCACUUCAUCUGCGAGUGUGAAUGCCACAAAGAUGGCAUCAAGAACAGUCCAGAAUGCCACUUUGGUAAUGGGACCUACGAGUGUGGAGCCUGCAAGUGUAAUGAAGGACGUGUGGGAAGAAAGUGUGAAUGUAGCAGUAAUGAUGUUGCCACAGAAGACAUGGACCGGACCUGCAGGAAAGACAAUGGUACAGACACAUGCAGCAACAACGGAGACUGUGUGUGCGGCAACUGUGAGUGCAAGAAGAGAGACAAGCCUGAGGAGAGGUAUAGCGGCCAGUACUGCGAGUGUGACAACUUCAAUUGUGAUCGCUCUGGAAACAAACUGUGUGGAGGCCAUGGAAAAUGCGAAUGUAGAGCGUGUAUCUGUGAACCAAUGUGGACAGGAAGCGCCUGUGAUUGUUCCCUAGACAACAGCACAUGUAUGGCCAGUAAUAAGCAGAGCUGUAACGGCAGAGGGAAGUGUGAAUGUGGCAUUUGCAAGUGCACUGACCCCAAAUUCCAGGGUCCCACCUGUGAGACUUGUCCCACCUGCCCAGGAGUCUGUACUGAACACAAAGAGUGUGUCCAGUGUCGGACUUUUGGCACCGGGGAGAAGAAGGACACAUGUGAGAGAGACUGUAGCUACUUCAACCUCAUCAAAGUGAAGGAUAGAGAGAAGCUGCCACAGCCUCACGAGGCUUCUUAUCCUGUGAUGCACUGCAAGGAACGGGACGCCAACGACUGCUGGUUCUACUACACCUAUGCUGUCAACAACAACACAGAGAAGGAGGUCCAUGUGGUCGACAGUCUGGACUGCCCCACUGGUCCUGACAUCAUCCCAAUUGUGGCGGGUGUGGUCGCCGGUAUCGUUCUGAUUGGCUUAGCCCUGCUGCUCAUCUGGAAGCUGCUGAUGAUCAUCCAGGACAGGAGAGAGUUUGCCAAGUUCGAAAAGGAGAAGAUGAAUGCCAAAUGGGACACGGGUGAAAAUCCAAUCUACAAAAGUGCUGUCACAACUGUCGUCAACCCCAAAUAUGAAGGAAAAUAAAGGCUGCAUAGCUUUCAUGAACUCUGCUAUCAAGUAUCAUCUGAUGCCUGCAGGAUUUACCGUGGAUUUAUGGGGGUCUGAAGGAAAAAAAACCUGGUGGAAAUUUCGUCAUUUUUUUCUUGUCGCUUUACUGUUAUGAUACACUCUGCAGCCACUGCAUCAGCCUUUUUACUAACACUUAUGAUUUAUAUGCAUUUGUUGAAUUUUUAGAUGUACAGUAUACGGUUUGUGUAUAUACUUUUAAGUUGCAUAUUUGCAAAAACAAUGAAAUGAAGGUGCUUUUUUUCCCUGCCGCAGGACUGGCAAAGGCAGAAGAUUAGCUUUUUUUGAACAUCGCUAUGUGGACACUAUGGAUAUCUAUUAUGUGUACAAAAAUUCCUCAGCUUCUGUCUCUCUCUCUGACACUUGUAUGUCUUGUCUCUCUCUGUGCACUGACCUCCUGUGUGUUUGUAUGUUGCAGACAGGACCUGAAUUUGAUUUAUAAAUCAUCAGCCAUAGCAGCACAUUAUGUCAAUGUGUGUAUAUAAAGAAAAGAAUUGCAAUAGUGAGAGUAUUGAGUGAUACUUAGCAUUCAACAUAGAUUGGACAGUUAUGUUGAAUCCUGUAUGCAGUAAUUGUAAAUGUAGUUUUUAAACUGCAGCUGAUGAACACAUGAAGUUUGAGAUUUUAUUCUACUCUUAUUGAGUACUUUCUGAAGGAGUAAAUACAUGAGAUGAAGAUGAAUAUCAAUUGUCUAUAAUUGAAGUGUUAUGAAACGAUCACAAAGGGACUGUAUACCACUUAAACUAUUCAAACUGUAGCAGUGUUGAACAAUCAAAGGAUUUGUAAAGUUUUAAUGCAAGAUGCAACCAGCUAAUGAUAUGAAGUUUUAUUUGCUACCUGCAGCAACUUUAUUCUCAGGUCCUUUCCUGUGUUUGUCAAGUUCGCCAAAAAGCCUGCUUUGUGUUAUUCAGUGGACUAAUGAACUUAUUGUCUGGUCAGUUAGGUUAGUUUUCUUUUUUUUUUCAAUUAUAAACGGAAACACGAAUUUCUUUGAACAUUAUAUGAAUCACCUCUUUCACAGCCAAAUGCCUCUAAAGUACCACACACAAGCCUUCACAGUAUUGUUUUCAAAGUGCCUUUUAUUUCAAUACCAUGUCCUCUUCUGAUGCUGUUUAUGAGUUAUUUAUUAAAUAAAUUACAAAAAUGAU